UAAAAAGAAACUUUUCGUACAGGCAAAUUUUGCAGUUAAAAAAGCAUUUAUUUUGCCAGCGAUUGGUUCGCAUAAAUUUCAUAUCCUUUCAAGUUGAUUGCUCCACUGUUUUAAUAUUUUCUGGUGAGAUGGUUCAUUCCAUUGCACGUAUCAAUUUGUCGAAAUCACAUACAAAUCGAACACCAGUUAUGAUUAUUUUAGUAGCGUGUAGGAUGUCUUACGAACUGCUUGCGCGAUCAGUUUAAAAAGCAAUUCAAUAACGCAAAAAUUUGCGGGAUUUCUCACAUAGUCUUCAAAGAAAGCUGAGCGGUUGCGGGCAAUUCGAACAACGAAAAUUCUCUGUAAAUUUGUGAACAAAAUGUAAAUUUUAAUAGAGGUUUCAAAUUGUCGUUUUAUAAAUAUGAUAUCAAAACACAAUAAAAAUAUGACGGUUGUAGAAGAAAACGCAAAAAAGCAAUCGUAUUUAACGAUAAAUGCCAAGAAUGAAACGCCUACAAAUUUAAGUGCCGACAUGAUAGAAUGUGUUGAAGAAUUACUGGAAAGUGAUAAGAUUAUGGCAAAUGUCAAAGAAAAAUCACUACAAGUGACCAACGAGGUACAAGUACAGCAGUUAAGUUUCGGGGUUGAUCGCUUAUUAAAUCGCAGCGAAGACACGCAAUUUAAAAUAAUUGCUGAACAAUGUGAAUCGGUUGAGAAGUUAUGUAACGAAGCAAAAAUUUCAGUUAAGUGUUGCGAUAAUGCGAAUUCCAGUUACUCAUGCUGUUCAUAUCCAAAGUAUUCGGUAGCGAGUAGGCAAGCGGAUGUCCAACAUUCACGUCAUUUAACAUACACCGUAAACUCGUGGCAAAUAACUCCUGCCCCCGCUAUACCGAAAAAUAAGAUCCAGGAUGCUUUUAUGGAUUCAAAAAAUAUUAUAAGACCUACACCGAUACGUGCUUUGGGAAACCCGAUUAAUGACAGCGUACCCGUAUCCUACUCGUGCAUAAAAUUUCAGAAUCCAAUAAUUCAUUCAAAGGCACCAGUUUCUCUUCAAACACUCUCACAUUCGCCUAGCUUUGUGCUUUCUUCUCUAGUAGCCCCCCUGUGUAGUAUGAAACCAUUGCAAUUUACAACAACCAAGCUCAGCACACAACCUUACGUUCCCACUUCAACGAGUCGCUUUCAAUCAAAAACGCCAUUUCAAUUUGACCUGCCCAUGGUGCAGCCCAACAUUACAAGUCUAAGGCCUAAUGUCAGUGAUCAUUUAGCUUACAAUAAUAAUACCAACAACAACACAAUACCGAAGAAUAAUACAACAAAUAUUAACAAUGGCAAUGCUAACAGAAACAUUGACAACGCGGCUAGCAAUGUGCGAAAUCUAAAUAAUGGCAAAAGAAAAAGAUCCUGGUCUAGAGCAGUUUUCAGUAACCUUCAAAGAAAAGGUUUGGAAAUACAAUUUCAGCAGCAAAAAUACAUUACAAAACCAGAUCGACGCAAAUUGGCGGCUCGUUUAAACCUAACGGAUGCGCAAGUCAAAGUGUGGUUUCAAAAUCGUCGGAUGAAGUGGCGGCAUACUCGUGAAAAUCUGAAAAGUGGACAAGAAAAACAACCUAUUAGUACCACUAUGCCUUCCGAUGGACAUCAAGUAUCUCAUAUGCGUAGUGAUGAUAAUGAUUUACCAGGUUAUUCGACUGAUGGAUCCUCUAGCCUAGAGAUGAGCGAAAACGAAAAUGAAAGCGAUGAAAUUGACGUUGUAGAAUAA